CUUUUCAUGGCUGGGCUCUUUUAGUCAUUUCCUGAGAGCUUGGUGCAGAAGGGCGACAAUGCAGGAAGCGGCAGCAGGCUCGGCGAGGCUGCGCGUGCUGCUGGACGUGAGGGCUUGUCCCUGCUGCUGAGAUGUAGAAGUACCUGGCGCUGGGGUUGAUGCUCCUUGGGGAGAGCCUCCGCUGUCCUUCACAGCGGUGAAGAGCAUGAUUUAGGGCACCAAAAGCUGAAAUUCAAGAGCAGGAAAAUGAGUGCUUUUAAAAAGUACUAUAGUCUCUCUCCCAGGACCUUUAGAAGAUCCUUGUCGGAACAAGAUGCUGGCACGGCUACCCUGAAGGAGUAUCACUGGUACCACCAAAUGAAAAGCAAGAAGAUGAAUAAACAAACGGCUUCGGACCCCGAGAAGGCGCUCGGAGCGUACAGGUGGCAGACACAUCCGCGGCUGCCCUGGAAGAUAAGCAAAAGAGCGCGCUCCUGCAGCCUCAGAGGGGAAGGCAACGACCCGAGCCUUGUCAAAAGUUCUGCAAGCGUGGAUGCUGCCAGCACUGAGGAUCUCCACAAAGAGCCAGCGGAGAUGCUUUUCCAGGCGAGGACCAGGUCGCUGCGGGUUCCCUUCAACCGCUCUCUGUCCGAACCCGUGCCGCACUCUGCGGCCAGGAGCACAAAGCCCUUCCUGCAAGCCGUGCGCUCGGUGGACUGCGAGCAGCAGGGCUACUUCGUCCGUGGCAUCUUCUCCACUCUCUCAAGUGGCUUUUCAAGGAUAAUAAAUCGAAGAGGGGAGCCUGUCAGUGGGUCACUGGGCGAGUGGAAGGCAGAUGAUAAUCAAAUCGAUCCGGUCACAGAUGUGAAAGGACCACCUACGCACAGGCUGUCCUGCGGCCAGUCCCCCUACACCGAUACGACAACAUGGGAGAGGAAAUACUGCAUCCUGACCGACAGCCAGCUGGUGCUGCUCAACAGGGAGAAAGAGGUGCCGAUGGAUGGGGCGCAGGAGCCGCAGGAUGCUACCAAAGGGCGCUGCCUGCGCCGGACGGUGAGCGUGCCCUCCGAGGGCCAAUUCCCCGAGUACCCGCCAGAUGGGGCCGCCAAGCUGGAGGUCCCAGCAGAGAGAUCUCCUCGCAGACGGAGCAUCUCCGGGACCAGCACAUCUGAGAAAACCAACUCCAUGGACGCUGCAAAUACUUCUCCUUUCAAAGUACCAGGCUUCUUCAGUAAACGUCUGAAAGGGUCCAUCAAGAGGACAAAGAGUCAGUCCAAGCUGGACAGGAACACAAGUUUCCGUCUCCCAUCUCUCCGCAAUGCUGAUGACAGGUCACGUGGAUUGCCGAAGCUGAAAGAGUCCCGUUCCCAUGAGUCCCUGCUGAGCCCCGGCAGCGCGGUGGAGGCCCUGGAUCUUGGGUCAGAAGAAAAAGUCUUUGUCAAACCACUUCACAGCAGUAUCCUUGGACAAGACUUCUGCUUUGAGGUAACCUACUCCAGUGGCAGUAAAUGCUUCAGCUGUUCCUCUGCAGCAGAGAGGGAUAAGUGGAUGGAAAACCUACGCAGAACAGUACAGCCGAAUAAGGACAACUGUCGUCGAGCUGAAAAUGUGCUCCGUCUCUGGAUCAUUGAGGCAAAGGACCUGGCCCCCAAAAAGAAGUACUUCUGUGAGCUGUGCCUUGAUGACACUCUCUUUGCCCGCACCACCAGCAAAACAAAAGCAGAUAACAUUUUCUGGGGAGAACACUUUGAGUUCUACGGUCUCCCACCUCUUCACAGCAUCACAGUUCACAUCUACAAGGAUGUGGAGAAGAAGAAGAAAAAGGACAAGAAUAACUACGUAGGCCUGGUCAACAUUCCCAUGGCCAGCGUAACUGGUCGCCAAUUUGUGGAAAAAUGGUACCCAGUCAGCACCCCUACACCCAACAAGGGGAAAUCAGGGGGUCCUUCCAUUCGGAUCAAAUCGCGUUACCAAACCAUCACCAUCUUGCCCAUGGAGCAAUACAAAGAAUUUGCAGAGUUUGUUACCAGCAACUAUACUAUGCUCUGCUCUGUGCUGGAGCCUGUGAUCAGCGUAAGGAAUAAGGAAGAGAUGGCUUGUGCCUUGGUGCACAUUCUUCAGAGCACUGGGAGAGCGAAGGACUUCUUGACGGAUUUGGUGAUGUCUGAGGUAGAUCGUUGUGGGGAACACGAUGUCUUGAUCUUCAGGGAGAACACACUUGCUACCAAAGCUAUUGAAGAGUACCUGAAGCUGGUAGGGCAGAAAUACCUUCACGAUGCACUAGGGGAGUUUAUCAAGGCUUUGUAUGAGUCAGAUGAAAACUGUGAAGUGGAUCCCAGCAAAUGUUCAUCCAGUGAAUUAACAGAUCAUCAGAGCAACCUGAAAAUGUGUUGUGAGCUGGCCUUCUGCAAGAUUAUCAAUUCUUACUGCGUGUUCCCUCGUGAGCUGAAGGAGGUAUUUGCAUCUUGGAAGCAGCAGUGCCUGAGCAGGGGCAAGCAGGACAUCAGUGAACGUCUGAUCAGUGCUUCCCUCUUCCUCCGCUUCCUGUGCCCUGCCAUCAUGUCCCCCAGCCUCUUCAGCCUCAUGCAGGAGUAUCCUGAUGACCGGACAUCUCGCACACUCACGCUUAUUGCUAAAGUCAUUCAGAAUCUCGCCAAUUUUGCUAAGUUUGGGAAUAAGGAAGAGUAUAUGGCCUUCAUGAAUGACUUUUUGGAACAUGAGUGGGGGGGAAUGAAGCGUUUCCUCCUGGAGAUCUCUAAUCCAGAUACCAUCUCAAACAUGCCUGGAUUUGAGGGCUACAUCGACCUGGGCAGAGAGCUCUCAGUUUUGCAUUCCCUCUUAUGGGAGGUUGUGUCCCAACUUGAUAAGGGUGAAAAUUCCUUCCUACAGGCGACCGUGGCAAAACUGGGACCCCUUCCUCGUAUUCUUGCCGACAUCACCAAAUCAAUGACCAACCCUACGCCAAUACAGCAGCAGCUGAGGCGUUUCACUGAGCACAGCUCUAGUCCAAACGUCAGUGGCAGUCUCUCCUCAGGGCUUCAGAAGAUAUUUGAGGACCCCACUGAUGGUGACUUGCAUAAGCUGAAGUCUCCAACCCAGGAAAACGUGGAUGGAUAUUUUAGGGGCAAGACCUUACUGCUGGUUCAGCAGGCAUCCACCCAGAGCAUGACUUACUCAGAUAAGGAUGAAAGGGAAAGCAUCUUGCCCAAUGGACGUAGCAUUUCCCUCAUGGACCUGCAGGAUCCUCACACGGCUCACAGUGACCACGCUUCUAUCAUGCACGACGUGCCUUUGCGUUUGGCCGGCAGCCAGCUCUCCAUCACCCAGGUGGCCAACAUCAAACAGCUGUGGGAAGCUCAGAGCACACCCCAGAGCGCGCCCCAGGUGCGGAGGCCCCUGCACCCAGCUUUGAACCAACAGGGCAGCCUCCAGCCACUGUCCUUCCAGAACCCCGUUUACCACCUCAACAACCCUCCUCCGCCGAUGCCCAAGGCCUCUGUGGACUCCAGCCUGGAGAACCUGAGCACCGCCAGCUCCCGCAGCCGAAGCAACAGCGAAGACUUCAAGCUCAGUGGGCCCAGUAACAGCAGCAUGGAGGACUUCACCAAGCGCAGCACGCAGAGCGAGGACUUCUCCAGGCGGCACACAGUCACGGACAAGCACGUCCCCAUUGCUUUGCCCCGCCAGAACAGCAGCAGCCAAGCACAGAUCCGCAAAAUGGACCAAGGGCUGGGCGCCCGGGCCAAGGCACCGCAGUCCUUGCCGCACAGCGCGUCCUUGCGGAGCACGGGCAGCAUGUCGGGGGUGUCGGGGGCCAUGGUGACUGAGCCCAUCCAGAACGGGAGCCGGUCCCGGCAGCAGUCCUCCUCCUCCAGAGAGAGCCCUGUCCCCAAGGUGAGGGCGAUUCAGAGGCAGCAAACGCAGCAGGUUCAGUCGCCUGUGGACUCUGCCACAAUGUCACCAGUGGAGAGGACAGCUGCGUGGGUUCUCAACAACGGGCAGUAUGAAGAAGUCGAGGAGGAUGCAGAGCAGAAUCCAGAUGAAGCCAAGCAUGCUGAGAAGUAUGAACAAGAGAUAGCGAAGCUGAAGGAGCGCCUGAAGGUGUCGAGUCGCCGGCUGGAGGAGUAUGAGCGGCGACUCCUAGUGCAAGAGCAGCAAAUGCAGAAGCUGCUGAUGGAGUACAAGUCCAGGCUGGAAGACAGUGAGGAGAGACUGCGCAGGCAACAGGAAGAGAAGGACAGCCAGAUGAAAAGUAUUAUCAGCAGACUCAUGGCAGUUGAAGAGGAGCUGAAGAAGGAUCAUGCAGAGAUGCAAGCUGUCAUCGAUGCAAAGCAGAAAAUUAUUGAUGCACAGGUCAUAAAUGGGGAUGAGAUAAUUCAAACAGGAGAAGCGGAUCGUGUCCCUGGACUCUGCCAACACACGGCUGAUGAGUGCCCUGACGCAAGUGAAGGAGCGCUACAGCAUGCAAGUCCGCAAUGGCAUCUCCCCCACCAACCCCACCAAGCUUUCCAUCACGGAGAAUGGUGAAUUCAAAAACAGCAGCUGCUAACCGGGCAGAUGCUGCCGGCCAUCUCCCCAGGAGAAGGGCAAGAGGGAGCAGACUCAAGAAACUCCCCAAAUAGCCCCCUUCCCCUUACAGGUUUACAUAAUGCUGCUAAUAAAAAGGAAAAGAGAAAGAACUCUGAACGGUGGGCUUUAAUUCCCCACGCAAGGCCAGGAGAAUCGGGCUCCCGAGAACAAGUCCUUCCAUAUCACUGUGUAAAUAGCUGGAGCUCUUGGGUCAUGUACAGAAAAUGCCGAUGUAAUAUACCAAAAGGAAGUGAAUACUGUAGAUUUUUUUAAUUAUUGCUAUUUUUAUUAUUAUUUUUUUCUCUUGUUGAAAGCACUGCAGUCCUUGGAGGGGGAAGAGGGGAAUGUGAGUGCAUGUGUGUUGUGGGUGAGAGCGAGCUGAGCAGUGGGUUACAUUAGAUAGCAGCUGUAUAUAUCAGGCUGACUGAUACAAGUACACGAGUGGAAUGAAAUAGUAGUGAAAUGAACUCUGUAAGAAAACUCAUCUGCUGGUUUUAUUCCCCUCUUCUCUAGCUGUUCUGUAACUGAAUGCCAACUCAAUAGCAAACAUUUUAGCAAGGAAGUUGACUCUUGCCGGAUCCUGCACCUACCUUGGGUAGGAUUCCAGCAAAAAAAAAUGUCAGUCUUUCUGAACAAGGUAAAAAUUUGGAGCAGCGAGCUUGUUUCCUUGCAUUUGCACACAGUCAGGCUCCCCAUCAAAAAGACAGAGGGAAUCUGCAGUUUUCAAGGUAGGAUUCUGUCUUUUUUUACCCCAGUUCUAAUGCAGUUUAUAUUUUCUGUUUUGAGAAUUUACAAACCUGUAAAUACCUUUUUUAUUAUUAUUAUUUUUAAUUUCUAUCCAAUCCUCACUUUAUGCACCAUGCAGUGGCAUCCUGAAUUCAUUCUCUGCACUCCAUCAGGAACAAUCAGGUUAAUGCUCUGAGGAAAGAGCUAACCAAAGGGUGCCAAUGCCCAGCAAAGUAGACUUCUGUAUGCAAAAUUUCAAUUUUCCUAGCAGAUUUCUUUAUUUUAAUUAUGUUUUGUUCAGUUUCACUAUUUCAGCCACUAGCUUAACCUGUCGAGUUCCAAUGAAAGAUGCUUUCUGCACAUUUUUGUUAAAAGAUCUUCCAUUUCCACUGGAUACUUUUAAGGGUGAUUUUUUUUUUUUUUUUAAGUUUUGUACACACCAUCUUUUCUUAAGGAGUUUUGACUGAACUUUCACCUGUGAUUACUUUCAGUUGCAUUUCACAGAAGCAUAUUUACAGGCUGUAUGUCAGUGCAAUUACGAAGUGCCCUUUUCACGGAAGAUAGUGACAUUGACAAAUAGUAAAAGAUUAACAAUAAAUUGCACAGUAUUGCCAAUUCUCAUGAUUUUAUCAAAUGCCCCAAUAUUUAGUCUGAGGUUCUUUUAAAGUCCCAGAUUCUAGAGGCAAGCAGUAGUGUGCCACUCUUGCCUUUCACUUGGUGGUAUACAUCUCUAGCCCCCAAACUCUGAAAGUAAAAAUUUUGCAACAGCAAUUCAAGUUUUAAUUUGCAGUAAUAUACUAAUAACAGUGAAUAUGAUUAACUGUUCAGAUAAGUUUUGGAAGUUGGAAAUGCUGACAUCAAAAAUGGGACAAAACCUCCAAAGGAUGCCUUGAGGUGGGAUGUGUUUAGCAAAAACAGUUCAGGCUUCAACGAGGAACAAGUUAAUGAGAUGAAUAUGGGGGUACCUGCCUGAAAUUGUGCAGCCUGUGCUAGGGACAAGGUCAGAGCUGAUAUCUCAUUAUCCUUUCUGGCCUUCAUUUAUGAAUCUCUCAAAUUGUACUACAUUAAAAAUGUAGCAAUUUCUAAUCCAAUUCCAUGACUGCUUGAAAUGGACCCAUGUUGCCUUGAACAUGAACAAUUGGCAAUACUGAGGACCCAAGUUCAGUGUCUGUUGUCAAGUUUGUUUGUUGUUUGCAAAUGAAUUAAUCUUGCCUCAGUGGGCGAAUUUCAGUUUGUGACAGAGCACACUACGUUAACUGUUACACCUUGAUUAUUGUGAGUUAAGAUGCUUUGGUUAAACAUUGUCACACAAGUAUGUUACGUUACUAACUAUGCAUAAAUACAGAGACCACAUCUCCUGCACUGUAGGAUGGAUGAGGAAAAUGUGUGUGAAUCUCUCUUCACAAGGCUGGUAUUUGCAUCUAGAGGAAACUUGUCUGCAGUGAGUUGGGAUUUAUCUUCAGUGCUUAGUUCUUUCAGAUCAAAGCCUCUCUCUGGCUGCUCGAACGUGACGUGGUGCUACAGGCCAGGCAGCAUCCUGCUCUGCUUCUUGGCCUGUUGUAGCCAAGUCAGCACUGUCUUUGAUGCCCCCAGGGCAGUGCACUGCAUUUGCUCAGUAGUGAUUUCUUCUCGAUACUUUCCAAAUCGUCUUCCAGCUGUGGGUAACUGCUGACCUCUGUUUUCUUCCUCAAAGUGUGCCUUUCAGUUUCUCCUUUCCUUCCUCCUUCAUGCUUCACAGCCAUAGGCACUCUUGGUGUGUAAUAAUCAGACUUGUGAGUAGUUCUCUCUUUUAUAAGAAACCUUUGCCACCCCCCUUUUAGUUGAGCAUUUUUGUGUGAUUUGCAUCUCCCCUUUGCUAUGUUCUUAACUACACAGCUGCAUCUUGGGCAAUUUGUUCCCUGAAGUAGCCUUCACAGAUGGCCACAUGUAUUGGUCGUUAAGUACCCAGGGCAAACAGUAUGGGUGUUCUGCGACUGAGGCAUGAGAGCAAGCAGUCCUAGGAACACAUUGACUAGAACAAGGCAGGUGCAGGUAUGUCAUGCUGGCAGCAUUAGUGUAGUGUUAAUUUGGGAAACACAUUUUACCAGAACUCCCCAGCUUCCUGGUAGUCUAUCAGAGAGCACUGGCUGCGCUGUGUGGCUCAACACUGAAGCCUACAAGGAGUCCCCUUUGGUUUCUGCAGAGAAAUGCAAUAGGGCAACAUUUCACUGCAGAUUUUGUUUUAGAGGGAAGUUUAACCAAGGUUGAUAUGUUUUAGUGAGCUCUUCAGGGCUGUAUCAUUCUGAAUGAUGUACCUUCUCCUAUGUAUUUCUUAAGCAUUUAGACUGGGAGAAGUUGCUGUUCUGAAAGAGUCUGAUCCAUUGAUACCAUACUCACAGCUAGUUUGUAGGCCAGUUGUUUCUCUUCUAUUUCAAUUUCUACCCUCAAGUGCAAAAUACACUCCUCUCCUUGUGCAGAAGAGAAGCUGCCUGUUGACCCAAAAGGAGGUGAAGGUUGCAGCCUCAAAAUGCUGCAAGACUAAAAUUGAUUAGUUGCAGCACAAAACAUUCUGCUCCUGAGUUCAGCAGGCAGCUGUCUCUCCUAGUUUGUCACCAAGCAGCCUUCUAGAGAAAUUUUAAGCUGCUUCAAGCCGACAAUAUGUGAAAAUGCCAGCUUCUAUUCUGUCCAGUCUGAUAAAAUUCAAGUGGUGCUAAGCCACGUGGCAGCCAAAAGGUCUGUCUGUUUUCAAGCAAGAACCCUAACUGGGCCUGAUCUCGUCUGUAUUAAGACUAAUGCCAGUGGGUUUCUGCAGCAGUGAAAGAAAAUAGUGGAAAAAAUUGGAUGAUAAGCAUUAUAGACCUUAGGUUUUGGUUCAUACAUUCAGCAAAAGCAUCUGGCUGCGCUAAUGCUAUUGCAAGCAACUGCUGCUAUCGUUUAGAAACAGCCGAAGUAAUGCAGGAAAAAAAAUUAAUAAUCUGUCAGAGUAAUACUCGUAUAUUCCUAAGUCCAAAACAGAGAAGUUGUCCCUUGCUGGCCGUGUUACUCAGUGCUGUUCCAGGAUGACUCUCCCCUGACCUCUAAGCCACCCGGCUUUCCGGGUUAUCCAUGAAAGCUCGGGGUUUCCCUGGCAGGGCAGGGAAGCAGCAGCGUUUUGUAGCGCUGUGGCCUUUUGCCACGUCGUGUGUGGUGUCUGUGGAGUGUGUGCACAACACAGGGUGAGCAGAGUGCUACAGGAUAGGUAACUGAGGAAGCCCAGCCUUGAGUGGUGUCCUGUAAAUUCCCCUUUUUUAAGGGGAAUAGGCACGUUUCACAUCCAGGAGGUACCAACUAUUACAUCCCUGGUGUGUUGGAAAUGCUAUGUGUAAAAGCACAGAUUCAUAUAGUUACACAUUUUGCAACGUUCCUCCCCAGGGGAAUAACUCUAAGCAGGGGAUCCAGAGGAGCAUGGAAAGAAAGGGAUGUGUAUGUUUUCUAGUUAGAGAAUUUGUGCUGUAUCCAGUAAUAAAUUCUGUAUCCAUCUAAUAAAUCAUCAAAGAAAUUGAUUUUAUUUUAUGUUCUUGCAAUUGCUUUGGUUUGUCUUUUUUACACCAUAUAUUAAUUUCAUGUUUUAAUGCUUGCUUUAACCCACCAGCUUCUAACUUCAUCUGAAAACUCAGUGAUUGAAGUCAAUCAAUUUUACAGCAGCACCUGCGGAGUGUGCCAGCAAUAUUUAUCUGCUGAGGUCACCAUGUAUGUAUGAAUCCUGUUUGUGUUCUGAGAAAAUGUCUGUGUCAUUUCUGGAGAACAAUCCCUGUCCAAGUUGAACCGUUAAAUGUAAAUAAUAAUAAAAUCUGUGAUUAGCAUGGUCAGCCACGGGUAUCCAGCUGAGUGUGACAGAGCAAAAAGGGUUAAAUUUAGGCCAAUGCUUUUAGGUAUUUCCUUCCCCACAGUAAGUUAACUCCCAUGAGAAAGAGCAUGUCAUUACAGAUCAUGCCUGCCAGGAAUCCUACCUGUAAAAAUAGAUUUUCUGUCUCAAGGGCCUUAAUAAGAGUGUUACUACACAGAACUGUUUUGCAAUGAUAGCUCUAAAUAAUUUAUUUUUUAUUUCAACAAAGUACACCUUAAAAAGUAAUAAACUUGUUUUUCAAGCCGUAUUUUUAUGCUAGUAGCACUGGACUGUUUGGUCUCUGAGAUCCAUUUCUGCAUUUCAUUGCCUGGGUUUGUUCUAAAGAAGAUUUAUUUUUGUUCUGUGAAUAAUUUUUGAAGGUUCUUGUAAUAUGUACAGAUAUAGAUACAUUUGAGGUCUUUUAUUGAUAUUCCUACAAAGAAUACAAAUAAACUUUAACUUUAAACAGUU